AUGUUUCGAUCAGUUGUGCGACGACUCCCGCGGCAAGUUCCUACCACCAUUGCUUCUCGACGACUCGUCCUGCGCUCGUUCACGUGCGGUUAUCCUCGGAUGUCAUCAUUGCCCGCCGUGCACCCGCCUGUGUCCACGACACUACCUUCGGACGCAUACCAAUUACUGUCGACAACGGAAAAAGCUGGUGCUGCCGAGGAUGCGCUCUAUGAGCAGCAAAUCCGUGAUGUAGAGGCAUGGUGGAACUCGCCUCGUUUCGAGGGCAUUAAGCGACCCUACUCCGCCGCCGACGUGGUCAGCAAGCGUGGCUCCCUGCAGCAAACCUAUCCCAGCUCGCUCAUGGCACGGAAAUUGUUCAAUCUCCUGAAUGAGCGAGCUGCAGCCGGAGAGCCGGUACACACAAUGGGAGCCAUUGACCCUGUCCAAAUGACUCAGCAGGCUCCUAAUCAAGAAAUUCUCUAUAUCUCUGGCUGGGCUUGCUCCUCACUGCUGACUACAACUAACGAGGUCUCGCCCGACUUCGGCGACUAUCCCUACAACACUGUUCCAAACCAGGUGCAACGUCUGUUCAAGGCGCAGCAGAUGCACGACCGAAAGCAAUGGGAUGCGCGACGAAAGCUGACGUCCGAGGAACGCCAGAAAACCCCUUACGUUGAUUACAUGCGUCCAAUUGUUGCAGAUGGUGACACUGGACACGGUGGUUUGUCAGCGGUUCUGAAGCUGGCGAAGCUUUUCGCUGAGAACGGCGCGGCUGCAGUUCACUUCGAGGACCAAAUGCAUGGUGGCAAGAAGUGUGGCCACCUGGCAGGCAAGGUUCUUGUCCCCAUGGGCGAACACAUCAACCGUCUUGUCGCUGCACGAUUCCAGUGGGAUCUGAUGGGCUGUGAGAAUCUGGUCAUUGCCCGCACUGACUCGGAGAGUGGUAAGCUGAUCAGCAGUGCCAUCGAUGUCCGCGACCACGAGUUCAUUCUCGGUGUCACGGAAGAGGUCGAGCCCUUGGCCGAAACUCUCCAGGCGAUGGAGCGGGAAGGCGCUUUGCCCGGUGAGAUUGACGCUUUUGAGCUUAAUUGGGUCAAGCAGCACAAGCUUGUGACGUUCGACGAAGCUGUUGAUGCCCACCUGGCUAGGGAGGGUGCUUCGCAAGCAAGCCGGGAUGCCUACAGAUCAGAGGUUGCAAAGAACCCCGAUCUUUCUAUUUCCCGACGCCGUGUGCUUGCCAAUCAGUACACCAAAACCCCGGUGGUGUGGUCAUGUGAUAGCCCACGCACUCGUGAAGGAUACUACCACUACCGGGCUGGCUUCCCGGCAGCGACCAAGCGAGCCAAGGAAUUUGCACCUUAUGCCGACCUACUCUGGGUAGAGACUGGAGACCCCAAUGUGCAAAAGGCGGGUGAUUUGGCUGGCAAGGUUCGUGCCGCUUAUCCCGGCAAGAAGCUGGUGUACAACCUCAGCCCAUCUUUCAACUGGAUGGGCCAGGGCUUCGACGAGGCAUCAUUGAAGUCUUUCAUUUGGGACCUCGCCAAGCAUGGAUUCGUCUUACAACUCAUUUCUCUGGCUGGCCUCCACACCAACGCGACCAUCACCACAGAGCUGUCCCGUGCGUUCAAGGACGACGGCAUGCUCGCUUAUGUCCGUCUGGUUCAGUCGCGCGAGAAGGAGAUGGGUGUUGAAGUUCUCACGCACCAAAAAUGGAGUGGUGCCCCCUACAUCGAUGGCAUUCUCGGUGCCAUUCAGAGCGGAAGCAGCAGCAGCAAAAGCAUGGGUGAGGGAAACACGGAAAAGGCCCAGCAGCCCACGGGGAUCUGCGAGAAAGCUAUCAGAGCGGGCUUUGGAGGCCAGUCAGGGGCUUUGGAGGCCAGUCAGGGGCUUUGGAGGCCAGUCAGGGGCUUUGGAGGCCAGUCAGGGGCUUUGGAGGCCAUUCAGGGAGCGACUGGCGCCGGUCCGAGCCUUGACUUGAAACGGCAACAUGGUCAACCGAAAGCAGAGCCGAAGACAAUUCCCAUUGAUCUAUAG